AUGGGCAACGCUGCCAUGUGUAAAGUGUGUGGCUCGGACAAGGGCCUGAGGACUACAGGGAGCCUGUCUUACCUGGACAAGAAUGCUUUGCCAGACUACUACUGUGUGGAGCACUUUCCUGAGCUGCCUCCACUGAUGCUGUCGGACAGCAACACCAGUUUCCUGCGAGCAGCAAGAGCAGGGAACAUUGACAAGGUUUUGGAAUAUCUGAAAGGGGGAGUGGACAUCAGCACCUGCAACCAGAAUGGUCUCAAUGCACUACACCUGGCCGCCAAGGAGGGCCAUGUGGAUCUGGUCCAGGAGCUUUUGGAUCGAGGUGCCGCAGUGGACUCGGCCACAAAGAAAGGAAACACAGCACUUCACAUCUCCUCCCUAGCUGGUCAGGCUGAAGUAGUAAAGAUCCUGGUCAAACGAGGAGCUGACAUAAAUUCACAGUCUCAGAAUGGAUUCACUCCUCUGUACAUGGCUGCCCAGGAGAAUCACAUGGAUGUGGUGCGAUACCUGCUUGAGAAUGGAGGCAACCAGAGCACUGCGACUGAGGAUGGCUUCACCCCUCUGGCCAUCGCCCUCCAGCAGGGCCACAACCAGGUGGUUUCUGUCCUACUGGAGAAUGAUACUAAAGGCAAGGUCCGCCUGCCUGCCUUGCACAUUGCUGCGCGCAAGGACGACACCAAGUCAGCCGCCCUGCUCCUCCAGAACGACCACAAUGCUGAUGUCCAGUCGAAGAUGAUGGUCAAUAGGACUACUGAGAAUGGAAAGAGCGGAUUCACCCCCCUGCAUAUCGCUGCCCACUAUGGCAAUGUAAAUGUGGCCACACUCCUGCUGAAUCGAGGGGCAGCAGUGGACUUCACGGCAAGGAAUGGGAUUACUCCUCUACACGUGGCGUCCAAGCGUGGCAACACUAACAUGGUUGGCCUGUUACUGGACCGUGGCUCUCAGAUUGAUGCUAAAACAAGGGAUGGAUUGACUCCCUUACACUGUGCGGCCCGGAGUGGACAUGAUACAGCUGUGGAGCUGCUUCUGGAAAGAGGAGCACCCUUGCUGGCCAGGACCAAGAAUGGGCUGUCUCCACUUCACAUGGCGGCACAGGGCGACCAUGUCGAAUGCGUCAAACACCUUCUGCAGUACAAGGCUCCCGUUGACGAUGUCACGCUGGACUACCUGACAGCGUUACAUGUUGCAGCUCACUGCGGUCACUACAGAGUCACCAAACUGCUGCUGGACAAGAGGGCCAACCCCAAUGCCAGGGCUCUGAACGGCUUCACUCCGCUGCACAUAGCCUGUAAGAAGAACCGGGUGAAAGUGAUGGAGCUGCUGGUCAAAUACGGAGCCUCUAUCCAGGCCAUUACAGAGUCUGGUUUGACUCCCAUCCACGUAGCAGCCUUCAUGGGUCACCUGAACAUUGUCCUGCUGCUGCUGCAGAACGGAGCCUCGCCCGACGUCAGCAAUAUUCGUGGAGAAACGGCGUUACACAUGGCAGCCAGGGCGGGUCAGGUGGAGGUGGUCAGAUGUCUGCUGAGGAACGGAGCAAUGGUGGACGCCAGGGCACGGGAGGACCAGACUCCCCUCCACAUUGCUUCCCGUCUGGGAAAAACAGAGAUUGUGCAGCUGCUACUGCAACACAUGGCCCAUCCGGAUGCUGCCACAAACAAUGGCUACACCCCCCUCCACAUCUCAGCAAGGGAGGGUCAGGUGGAGACAGCCUCGGUCCUACUAGAGGCUGGAGCUUCACACUCACUGGCCACCAAGAAAGGUUUUACUCCCCUGCAUGUGGCCUCCAAGUAUGGAAGCCUAGAUGUAGCCAAGCUUCUGCUGCAGCGUCACGCUCUGCCUGAUUCUGCUGGAAAGAAUGGCCUUACCCCGCUCCAUGUCGCAGCGCAUUACGAUAACCAGAAGGUGGCGCUCCUGCUUUUGGACAAAGGAGCGUCCCCCCACACCAUGGCCAAGAAUGGCUACACUCCGCUCCACAUCGCGGCAAAGAAGAACCAGAUGGAGAUUGCCACGGUUGUGCUGCAGUACGGAGCCGAGACCAACAUCCUGACCAAGCAGGGUGUCACUCCGCUCCAUCUGGCUUCCCAGGAGGGCCACGCUGACAUGGCUGCCCUGCUCAUGAGCAAGGGAGCCCAGGUCAACAUUCAAACUAAGAGCGGCCUGACUGCCCUCCAUCUGGCAGCCCAGGAGGAUAAAGUGGCUGUUGGCGAGAUUCUUUCCAAACACGGAGCCAACCUCGACCAGCAGACCAAAUUGGGAUACACCCCGCUAAUUGUAGCAUGUCACUAUGGUAACGGCAAGAUGGUCAACUUCCUGCUGCAGAAUGGAGCCAGUGUCAAUGCCAAGACCAAGAACGGAUACACUCCCCUUCACCAGGCAGCCCAGCAAGGAAACACACACAUCAUUAACGUACUUCUGCAAAACGGCGCCAAGCCCAACGCUAUCACACUGAAUGGUAACACUGCUCUGGGUAUUGCUCGGAGGCUGGGCUACAUCUCUGUGGUGGAUACGCUGAGAGUCGUCACUGAGGAGAUCAUUACCACCACAACGACGGUGACGGAGAAACACAAGCUGAACGUGCCAGAGACCAUGACUGAAGUGCUGGAUGUCUCAGAUGAAGAGGCAUUGAAAACCAUUGAUGAUGAUGUUAUGUCAGACGACCCCAUGGAAGAGGAAGGUGAUGACACUAUGACUGGUGACGGAGGGGAGUAUCUGAGGGCCGAGGACCUCAGGGAGCUGGGAGACGACUCCCUGCCAGGACAGUACCUGGACGGAAUGAACUACCUCCGCUUCAGCUUGGAGGGGGGGCGCACUGACAGUCGAAUGCAAAGCUCAGACAGGUCCUUCACACCAACCCACCACAGUUACUACUCCCCUAAGCAUGAAGGCAUCAUGGACGAGAUGCUCACCGGUCAUCAGGUUUCGUCACUUGCCAGGGAGUGUGAGAGGGAUUCGUAUCGUCUGAGUUGGGGCACCGAGAACCUCGACAAUGUGGCUUUAUCCUCUAGCCCCAUUCACUCUGGCCAUUCCUCUCCGUGCCCUGAUCAUGGAGACCACAGCAGCUUCUUGGUCAGCUUCAUGGUGGACGCCAGGGGCGGGGCCAUGCGUGGUUGCCGGCACAACGGCCUACGCAUCAUCAUCCCGCCGAGGAAGUGCAGUGCGCCCACGCGGGUGACGUGCCGUCUGGUGAAGAGGCACCGUCUGGCCACCAUGCCCCCGAUGGUUGAGGGCGAGGGCCUGGCCAGCAGGCUCAUCGAGGUGGGGCCCUCUGGAGCCCAGUUCCUUGGUAAACUCCACCUCCCUACUGCCCCUCCACCUCUUAAUGAGGGAGAGAGUUUGGUUAGCAGAAUCCUCCAGCUUGGUCCGCCGGGGACAAAAUUCCUUGGUCCUGUGAUUGUGGAGAUCCCCCACUUUGCUGCCCUCCGGGGGAAAGAGAGGGAGCUGGUGAUUCUGAGGAGUGAGACCGGAGAAAGCUGGAAGGAGCAUCACUGUGAACACACCCAAGAGGAACUCAACCAGAUACUCAACGGCAUGGACGAAGAACUGGACACACCAGAGGAGCUGGAGAGGAAGCGCGUUUGCCGAAUAAUCACAAGAGAUUUCCCACAAUACUUUGCAGUGGUGUCCCGCAUCAAGCAAGAUAAUAAUCUGAUUGGUCCUGAAGGAGGCGUACUGAGCAGCACUGUUGUGCCCCAAGUACAGGCAGUUUUUCCUGAGGGCGCCCUAACCAAGCGUAUCAGGGUCGGACUACAGUCCCAGCCAGUGAGUGUGGAUGUAGUGAGGAAGAUCUUGGGGAACAAGGCCACGUUUAGCCCCAUCGUCACCCUGGAGCCUCGCAGGAGGAAGUUCCAUAAACCCAUAACCAUGACCAUCCCUGUCCCCAAGAGCAACUCAGACCUGGUCCUCAAUGGCUUUGGAGGAGACACCCCCACCCUACGACUGCUCUGUAGUAUCACAGGUGGAACGACGCCUGCUCAAUGGGAGGACAUAACAGGAACCACUCCGUUAACAUUUAUCAAUGACUGUGUCUCCUUCACCACCAACGUGUCUGCAAGAUUCUGGCUGAUAGACUGUCGGCAAGUCCAGGAAUCUGUCAAUUUCUCCACUCAAAUCUACCGAGACAUUAUCUGUGUCCCUUACAUGGCCAAGUUUGUCAUCUUUGCCAAGACCCACGAUCCCAUUGAGGCCCGACUGCGGUGCUUCUGUAUGACAGACGACAAGAUUGACAAAACCCUGGAGCAGCAGGAAAACUUCACCGAGGUGGCCCGAAGCCGAGAUGUCGAGGUCCUUGAAGGCAAACCUAUCUAUGCAGACUGCUUUGGAAACCUUGUUCCACUCACCAAAAGUGGCCAGCACCAUCUCUUCAGCUUCUUUGCGUUUAAGGAGAACCGACUAGCACUCUUCAUCAAAAUCAGAGACAACACUCAGGAGCCGUGUGGCCGUCUGUCCUUUAUGAAAGAACCCAGGAACUACAGGUCACUCACCCAAAAUGCCAUAUGCAACCUCAACAUCACCCUCCCAUCAUACUGCAAGGAGUCCGAUUCAGACCAAGAGCAAGAGGAAGAGACCAGCAAAACGCUACAGAAAUAUGAAGAGACGUCUACAUCAGUGCUGAAAUCAGAGCUGAUUCGAGAACCAGACCUUCUGUCCGACGUGUCAGAGAUGAAACAAGAUUUGAUCAAAAUGACUGCCAUCUUGACUGCAGACUCAACAGAGAAAUCCCCUUCCUUAGGAAGGUCUGGUCUAGAGAAAGGAACUGAGGAUGUUUCUGGAGAGCCAUUAGAAAUAAUGGAGAAGGACUUAGAGAAAGUAAAAGAGGACCUAGAGAAAGUCAGUGAGAUACUGAGGAGUGGAACAUAUGAGGAUGAGGCAGCAGAGGAGGCACCAAAAGCAGCUAGAAUGGUCGAGGAGUGGGUUCUCCUCUCGGACAAUGAGAUAGAGGUGGCCAAAAAGAUGGCAGCCUUAGAAACUCAAGAGCCUGUGUUACGUGAAAGCAGAGCUAACAGGGCUCCCAGACCUAAAGCAAUAAAAGACAGUGGUGACCUUAAAGAGUACCUCCUGGAUGCACCAGUAAGCUCCAAAAUUAAAGUGAAAAAAGAGCCAGCUGUCCAAGAAAAGUUCACAGAUGUUGUACUACGUAAAAGUGCAAAGCCAACUACCCCAACCAAGGUGCAUGACAAAACUGCUGCUAAGCCAGUCAAAAGGAAGGGGAAAGACCAGGGGCAGGCAGAGGAAACAACAGAGACGGGUGCUCUUCUAAGUUUGCCUACAGCUCUUGCCCCAGCUUCACCUGUAUCCCCAGUUGUUGAAGAAACUCCCAUUGGGUCAAUAAAGGACAAAGUCAAAGCCUUACAACAGAAAGUAGAGGCAGAGCAAAAGAGCAAAACGGUCACUGGACACAAGGCCUCACAAUUGCCUGUUAUAAGCAAAUCCUCUCCAAAAGACAAAGAAAGCCCUAACUCUAAACGGGUUCCCCCGAAAUCCCCCAAAACUGAAUCUGAGAAACUUGAGGAGACUAUGUCAGUUAAAGAGCUGAUGCAAGCAUUCCAAACAGGACAGGACCCCUCAAAGAGAAAGUCUGGGCUAUUUGAGCUCAAAACAUCCUCUAUGUCAAGAUCAGAGAAAACCACAAGAUCAGACACCAUCCAGCCAAAGUCCAUGACCAAAGCAAACACCUCACGUGUCUCUCCAGAACGAGAAGUAUCUUUGGAUUCCAGACCUUGCAUGAAAGAGACCACUCAGCAAGACAUAGAGAUAGAAAGAAAGUCAGAUGCUUCCGCUCAUUCAGAGAUAACUGAAACUGCAGACUUUGGAAAUGGUGGUCUUGAUGAUAGCUCUGACAGCUUAAAACAUGAGGGUGUGGCAGAAUCUCCAAGUGGCAGCUCUGGAGAUGGUACCCCACAUUUGAGCUCUGAGGACAGUGACAAACAUGAGGGUCUUGCCACUCCGGGCACAAGCCCAGAGAGUCUUUCUCCCCAAACUGGACAGCAGACCUCUACAACUUUGGUAGCAACUGGCACAACAGUCAAAAAAGAAUUUAUAGAUACAGAGAAGUCUGGAGACUCUGGUGUAGGGACCACUGGUGACCAACAGUAUACAGAAUUGACUCUCCCUGUUUCUUCCAGCGAGGCUGCAGAUGAUCGCACUACAAGUGAGUUCAUAUAUGUUAGGGAGAGUGAGUGUAAGCCAUCUAAACCUCAAAAGCUAACAAAGAAAAUUUCAGAAACUGUAGAAACUUUUCUUAGCGAUGACGAGAGCCCUGCUCAUCAGCAAGAAUUGUCUUUUGUUGGGUCUCCAGCCUCUAGAUCCUCUUCUCGGGAUCAUGAAAGCUUAGAGCUGCCUUUAAAACAAGACUCAGAUGCUCUCAGUCCAUUAGCUGAUGAGUCUUUGACAAUAAGCCACAGAGACUCUCUAGAGGGUAGUCCUCUAAUGGAAGAAAACUCCUCCCAUAAGUCCCCAGAUUCCAUUGAACCUAGCCCAACUGAGGAAUCACCCCCUCAUGACUCUUUAGAGAGCAGUCCCGUAGAGCAAAAAAGCCACCCAUCCUUCCAAUCAACUCUAGGUCCAUCUAGUAAAUCCUCAAGCCAUCCAGAUCCCUCCAAAGCUACAGACUUCCCCCAAGAUGCUUUGCGUGGUAGGCUGCUACGAGACCAUGAGGCUAGUGCUGAUGAUGACAGUUGUGAGCAGACAUCUCAGAUGACAAGUUCUGGUAAGAGUCCCCUCUCCCCUGAUACUCCCAGUUCGGACGAGGUAAGUUAUGAGGUAAACCCCAAACCCCCUGACUAUACAUUCCCUUCUGUUCCUUCCAAACCGGCUGUCAUCCCUGAAGACCAAGAAGAGGAUACAUCAGACAGCUAUGAAGCUAAAAGAAAAAUUACUCCAGAGGAGGAGAUGUUUAAGAUGGCAGCCAAAAUAAAAACAUUUGAUGAAAUGGAACAAGACGCGAGAAGCAAAAAGAACUCUAGAAAAGAUUCGUUUCCCACAGCAAAUGCCAAACUAGGGGAUGACAGCUAUGAAACUAUAGAGAACUCAACAGGUUUGCAUGAUGGACCCCACAGCAAAGAGGUCAAGAGCACAACAAGAACAGCCACUGUCAGUUCAGAGGGGCCUCACUCUGUCUCAGCCCAUCAUCAUUCACAAUCCAAACCGGAAACUACACAGGAUCAAAGAGUCCCGCCAUCUGUAAAAACUGAUGAAGACAGUACUGCCAAAAAGGCUCUUGUAACAACAUACACUGAAAACAGGACUGAUGAGCAAAAGGAGGAGAGUUUAAGGAACUCAAAAGACAACAGAGGAGAUGAUAAGGAUGCUCAAGAAUUAAGUGUUAGGCUAAAGCAAAGUAGCAAUGUAACAGAUGAAGUGAAAGGUGAUCAAAAAGAGCCUACAAGAGCACCAGAGGCUGGGUGCAGUGCAGCUAAUGCCACUGGUCAAACAAGGGAAAUAUUCAAACAGGAGGUCUGCAUAUAUGAUGACACAGAGGAGGAUGAUGAGGCACCGGAGCUCCCCAGAACUGAGUCAAAAGGUGUCACUGCAAGGGUAGACACUGACUCAUGGUCUGCCAUGAGGGAGGAUGAUGCCGCUUUUGCAGCUCGUGUAAAAGAGGAGGAACAGAAGAUACUGAAUCUGGUGGUGGAUCGCCAGUCUCUGCAAGCAACUCCGGACACAACACCUGGUAGAACACCAACAGAAGAGAGCACUCCUACCAGUGAGCCCAACCCUUUUCUAUUCCAAGAAGGGAAGCUUUUUGAGAUGACCCGAAGCGGUGCUAUUGACAUGACUAAGAGGAGCUAUGAGGAAGAGGGGGGUGGAUUUGCCUUUUUCCAGAUAGGUGAACAGCCUUUAGAUGAGCCUCUCUUAGAAGAGGCCAGGCAAGAAAGUAGGAGAUUCGCAGCGGAACCUGAAGUUGGCCUCAAUCUAACACUAGAGGUUAAGACUGAGGAGACUGAGAAAUCAAAAGAAGCAACUGAUUCUCGGCUUCACUCCCCAACCGAAGGUGAUCAGCAAACCUCUAAAGCUGAUGCCUCCAAAUCUAAAAUUCCUAAAAUGGGCAUUUCCGCUUCAGCCAAGCCUACAAAGAAAGAUCAGACAUCCCCUGAAGGUCUAGACAAAAAUGUGAACGAAGGAUGCUUAGAUUUAGAUAAAAAUGACCCUGACCAAAUGAUUACAACUGUACAAACAGCCGAAACUACAGUCACUAGAUCUGUUUACUCUGAGCAGGGCCAGGAGUCCUCUGAUUCAUCUCCAGAAGAACCACAGUCAGUGAUAGAAGCACCCACACCAACAGGCAAGUCCAAAGAAAGUGCUCCCACUAGUGUGAAAAAAACUCCAGUCAAAACACAAGCUAAGUCUGCUCAACAAGGUCGGGGCAAAUACACAAUUCCCUCUCAAUCUCAAGCAACUUCCUCCUCAACCACUCUUAAAAAAGAGGCAUCCUUCAUUUCUGAAUCUAAAUCUAGAAUUCCAAUCAAGGCUAGCACUCCUAAGCACCAAACUAUUGUCAAACAUGCUGAAUCUACCUUAGACAAAAAGCUCAAGGUACCUGUGAAAAAGGAUUCAAGGAGAAAAUCUGAGACAGACACAGGUCCCUCUGUGGAUAUCAAAUCAAAGACACCAUCUUCCAAAGCCAAGAGCUUCUGUGAGGAGGAGUCUACCAGGCCAUCUGCUAAAAAAGAAAAAGGUCGCCCAUUGAGUGCUGAAUCAGCAAAAUCUAAAGGCUUCCAGUCCAGAUUGCCAGUCCGGGGUAAAAGUGGUCAGUCAUCUCAUUCAUCAACACUCCCUAAAGAGAAAAGUGAGCCAAACAAACAGUCCAUUGAGUUCUUCGAAGAGAUAAGCGAUGAAGCAGCAAAACUUGUGGCAAGAUUGGCACAGGCAGAGAUAGAGAAAGAACAUGAGGUUGCAGCCGCCAACUCAGAUGAUGAAAGCAGUCUCAUCGAUCCAUCAAUCAUAGAAAGAGAACCUUUCCCUGAGAUGCAGUUCCCACCCUCAGGAGACGUCUUUCCCAUUAGACCACUGUGGGACGACCCUGUUGAGACACAGAUCCAGCGAAUCCCAGAUGAUAAAGUCCAAAGUCAAGUAGAUCCACAGGAUGAGGCAGAGAGAAAAGAGCAACGGUUGGCCAUUAUAGCCGACCACCUGGGCUUCAGCUGGACUGAGUUGGCACGAGAACUGGACUUCAGUGAGGAGAGGAUCAACCUGAUAAGGAUUGAAAACCCGAACUCACUGCAAGACCAAAGCCAUGCACUUUUGAAAAUCUGGGCAGAGAGAGAGGGAAGGCAUUCAACAGAAGCAACACUAAUCAAAAGACUGACAAAGAUCAACCGAAUGGACAUUGUUCACCUCAUUGAAACCAAGAUAAUGAAGUCAACUCAGGAGGAGACAUCAUCACACACAUAUGCAGAAAUAGAGCGGACCAUAGCAUUGGAUCAUAGUGAAGGUUUCUCUGCCCUUCAUGAAGACUUUGACAGCCCCAGGCCAGGCAGGCGUACAGAGGCUGCACGUAGGAGUCCAGGCUCAGGACAAGAGGUACCCAUGGUGUCAGCAGAGGACCUGUCCUUCAGUUUGUCAUCACUUCACGAGACAAUGGGACGACCAGAAACUGAUUCCACAUCAACUGGCCUCCUAAGAAAUGCCCAGAAAGAGAAACUACAAAAGGAGAUGGAUACAACAUACUCAUCACAUAGAGUAUAUGAGGAAUUGACAGACACGGUACACACAGGCAGUUUUACACAAGAGAUAGCGGAGGAGCUAGGUUUGCUGUCUUCUGAUAGCUCAGAGGAGGAGGUGCUGACCACCAGGGUGGUCCGACGCAGAGUUAUCAUCCAGGCAGAUAACCUACCUGAUAUCCCACCACACACUGUUACAGAGGAGAAGUACACAGAUGAGCAUGGCAACAUGGUAGUUAAGAAGAUCACACGGAAGGUGAUUCGUAAAUAUGUGUCAGCAGAUGGCAUGGAGACACAGGAAGUGACCAUUGAGGGCUCACACCAGGAGACAGUGCAGAUUGAGGAAGGAGACACUGUCUCCAGGGUGGUGAAAAGAACCGUGCUUCACAGUGAGGGAGAUCAAAAAGAGUUGACCUUCUCGGAGCCCCUGGCCCUGGGAGCCGCCACAGCAUCAGAGUUUGAGGUGGAGCCAGUGCAAGGUCGAAAGGUCAGCAAGGUUGUCAAGACAACAGUGGUGAGAGGCGAGAGGAUGGAGAAGCAGACGGGAGACCCCUCACUGGCUGCAGAUCUCCCCUCAGCCAGACAGGACUUUGAGAAGGCUUUGACUUAUGCUGGAGGCUUUGGGAAAGUGCUCCUGCCUCAUGUAGUAGAGAAAGAGGUUGUGCAGGACGACGGUUCUGUGGUUAAAAGAAGCCAGAUGCGUAAGUCGCGAACCCAGAAGAGGACUGUGGUGAGGGAUGGCCAGGGGAAGCACGUGCACCUGGAGCGACUGGACGACAACCCAGACGCCCUGCAGCCCGACGCACUGCAGCAGCACCUGCACCACCUACUCCAACGCUACUGUGAGGACGACCAGGAGGAGGAGGAGGAGGAGGAGGAGGAGGAGGAGGAGGAGGAGAAGAGCUUUGACUAA